UGUCAACCAAUGGUUUGCCUCUCCGACCGCGGGGCACCGCCUCAGAUUAGACGCACAUAUGAUGUUACUGCCAAAUUAACCUCUAUAUCGAAAUCAAACGAGGAAGAGAGAGGUGAUUUAGAAAGAGCACAGUCCAUAUUGUUUCUAUACGCUCUCGGGUGUUCGUGACUGUGAUUAAAUAUUGACUAAGAGAGCGUCGCGAGCGUGUUGUUUUUACGGGCAAAUCAGGAAUGCUCCUUCCGCUUCCCAAGAAAAAAACUAAACGGAAGUCAAACUGGUAGGCCCCUGUGUGUGGGGGAUCAUCUUCCCCUUUGCUGUCUGCAGGUGUCCGUCUAGUAGAAGACCAACACUUCCUGUUUUCUGAAGCCCUGCCUCUGGAUCAAGUUCUAAAAAGUGGUCCUGUCUGUUUUCGAGUGUGGGGGGAAGUGAAGGGGCCAGAAUCCCAGCUUGUCCUGUUUCUCAGGCAAUGAAGCUGCAGGCGGUGAUGGAGAACCUGCACAGACAGCAGAGAGCCAAACUGCUGAUGGAGCAGGCGGGGCAAUCACGCAGCCCCGCCCCCAUGGGGGAGGAGCUUAAAGCAAUCUCUGCCUCUGACACAGAGCAGGCGCAGAUGGCGGCGCUGGCGGCGAUGCGCGCAGUAGCAGCUGGACUUCAGAGGGCCGACAGCCCCAUGUCUGAACACAGCAGUGGAGGAGAUGUAGAUGAUGAAGAGGAGGAUGAAGAGGAAGGGGAGGAGCAAUACAAAGAUAUGAUGGGGUCUGAGGAGGAAGAGCAGAUAAAACAGAAAUGGGAUGAAGAUGACUUUGAGGGUGAGAUGGAGGAAGACUAUGAUGACGAUCUAGGUGACGAAGGGCUGCCGUCGGGCCGCGAGGCCGUCACCCCAGGAAGAGGCAUCCUCCUCUUACCCCACCGCCAUUUACACCCUCACUCCCAGCUGCUAAAGGCUCGGCCUGCUUCUGAAACCGAACCGCGAGCAUUGGCUCACUCCAAUGCUCAUUCAUCCCAUGGGCCACUCCAUGGGCAGGACCACGCAGACUGGACCUAUGAAGAGCAGUUCAGACAGCUCUAUGAACUGGACAGUGACCCAAAGAGGAAGGAGUUCCUGGACGAUCUGUUCAGUUUUAUGCAGAAGAGAGGGACCCCAGUGAACAGGAUUCCCAUCAUGGCCAAGCAGGUGCUGGACCUCUACAUGCUGUACCAACUGGUGACGGAGAAGGGGGGGCUGGUGGAGGUCAUAAAUAAAAAGUUGUGGAGGGAGAUCACGAAGGGCCUGAACUUGCCGACCUCUAUCACUAGCGCUGCCUUCACUCUCAGAACACAGUAUAUGAAGUAUCUGUAUCCUUACGAAUGUGAGAAGAGGGGUCUCAGCAGUCCCAACGAGCUGCAGGCGGCCAUCGACAGUAACCGGCGUGAGGGACGCAGGCAAGGUUUUGGCAGCUCACUCUUCACCUACUCGCCCAAUGGAACACCCACCAUGCUCUCCUCUCCCAAACUCUCCAUGCCACCCAUGGGCAUCGCCCUGCCCAGCAACGGAGCCUCCAUCUUAUCCUUACAGAAAAUUAAAAAAGAGGAUGACGGGGUUCGUCUGCCAGUGUCUCUGGCCAGUCAGACGGUAGCUGCGGCCCAGGCUGCAGCUGCACAGGCCACCAUCGCACAGGUAGCUGCACUGGAGCAGCUGCGGGACAAGCUGGAGUCGGGCGAGCCCCCGGAGAAGAAGAUUGCACUACCACUGGAGGAACACCAGCGGCUACUGCAGAGAGCUCUGCAGCACAACCUGCUGGCCAUGACGGCACAAAUCCCUAUGAACAUUCGCAUCAACAAUCAAGAGAGCAGACCAGACUCUGCCAUGAACCUGACUACCAAUGGCCUAAACAGCAUCAGCAUGUCUUUGGAGCUUAAUGGAGUCGUCUACACUGGUGUUCUCUUCGCCCAGGCCGCGGCGCAGACCUCAUCGGGUGCAUCUAACAAAUCUUCCGCAGGAAACAGCGGGCCUCAAUCAGUUCUCCACACGCCUACCUCAUCCUCCUCCAACAACCAAUCACCUUAGCACCUCAGACUCUCUCCCUCAAUGCGAAACCAAAAUCUCAGUUACUACAGAAGAUAUGCCAAAAACUAGUCAGGAAUAACUGAACCGUUCUCAACUUGAAGUACACUAGCUCAGGUCUUUUAUUUACACUCUCCUUUGUUCAGGAGUCAAAAGAAAUCUAAAAUAACAACAGAGUUUAUUAUAAAGAUAAUGAUAUAUAUAAUGUAUAUGCAAAACCUGUGAAUAAUUUAUUUCUCUUUCUGUGAGCACACUGUCUGGCGUUAACAAGGCAGUAGGAUUCUGCUUUUUAGGGUUUUAUAAUCUGACCGAUGAAAGCUUUUCGUCUAUAAGCAAAGCCAUAACAAUAGUAGGAUUGUUAUAACGUGUGAUGCAAACAGCUUAAGGGUCUGAACUAAUAAUAUAUUAUUAUAGAUUUUAUUUUCCCUGUGUAUGUAUCUGCAGUGCCUUGUGAAGGUUUUUCCUCAGCACACUUUGAAUGUGCUGUUGACAGGCGAGCGUCUAAACUUCAGCACUAACUCGAUACAAAGUGCGUAAAGAUGUGGAGUUUUUUUUUUUACAUUUAUUGCAAGUAUUCAGCCAUUUGAUUCCCCAUCUUAGAGGUCUGCUCUGUGAUGGUGUUAAUGCUCUUAAUUUCAGGCAGUGAACAUUCACGCUAAGGAACUCAUUUAAAAAAAUCGUAGGCAUGCAUUUGUAGACGUGUAUAAUUGCAUUCAUGGCGUUUUCAUUAUUCAUGUUUGUUUUAUUUUUGCCUCUUCAUUCUGGCAAACUCUGGAGGCUAUACGUUCUCCAUGAGCCUCGCAAAGGUGGCUGGGGUAUCGCAGGGACCGAAUGGCGUUACCUGGAACUGCCACAGCCCACAAACUUCUUUUUUGGCCCAUAGUUGCUCUAAAGCAGAAUUGGAAGUAGUUCAGAGGUUGUUUUACUUGUUUGUGUAUAACUUUGUGGAGCUUUCACUCAGAUCAGUGGUUUGG